CUCGAACAUGAAAGUAGAACGCUUUCUGAUUUGACUUUUGAGCAAUUCUGUCAGAGCGUGGAGAACACAAGACAAUCUUGCUCGAGUCUGCGCUUUCGUCGAUCAUCUGUCCGGAGAUGAAUCAUGUCUGUCUAGUGACUGCAAGGUAACUCAAGUUCGAUACUUUGAGAUGGAGUGAUGCUUGCGUGAAUAGUUGUUGAAUCAUCGCGAACUAGAUUUGAAUAUCGCUUAGAAGAUUUGAAUUUAUGAAUCAACCACUGCUCUACUCUCAUCCUCAUUCAAUGCAGGCGCGGUCCCUGACUGUGUUGUGAGUCUGGCUCCACCUCACCCUUUUCCCCCACUCAUCGAUAUUGACAAGCGAAGUGACUCAAUGAUUUCCUUUCCCCACCUCUACUUGAAUUUCUUGAUGAUGAUGAACAAACCAAUUUCUUAUAGUAUUCAGAAGCUUCAAACACAAAUGCUUUGAAUUAUAAUUAAAAAAAAGAAAGCGAGUGACUUCCGCUUCUAGAACUACAAGAAGAAAUUGUGGGUAAGCGAUUAUCAUCAUCAUCCGCCACAAGCUGGGUAUAUCAUCAUCAUCAUCAUCAACAAUCUUCAUCAAAUUUUUUUUGGAAGUGAGAAAUCAGGCACUUUGAUCUUUACAAGUACUACAUUGUACAUGCAGCUGCGUUGAGAUUAAUUGCAAAUUAUACUUAUUACCGACUACAACCAAGAUGGACGGAUCUGGUUUUAUGUCGCUUUUCGGCGGCGGCGUGUCGCAGAAUGACUUUGACGUUCGAAAGCCUCGUUCUCGGUCUCUGUCUAGCGGCAGCAGUCCGAGUGAUCAUGAGUUGUUGUUCGGACGCUCACAGUUCGCGCACGCGCAGCAAGCUUCAUCAGAGUCGCCACAACGCACUGGUGGAACUAUGAAGCGGCCUGUGCCUGGGCGUCAAGGCCCAGGCGGAAAAAUUAUUGCACCGCAUAGCAUUCGCGGCAGCGGUGCACCACAAGGUCGCGUAUCGUCGAAAAAAGCGGGAGUGCUAUCAGUAUCCCCAAACCCAAAAGGACAACGAUCAGCGUCAGCAAAGGCCAAGCCAAGCUGGAAUAACUCGCUCAUGAACAAGGUACCUAUAGAACCAUGUGCAUGUUGUCUGUCUAUGUGCUUAUAGAUCUCGAUCUACUUCAUCAAGUCUUCAUCCGAAUCAAAAUAUCGAAAGUUGUCGUGAAAGUAAAGGAUAAUCAAAAAUAUGUUGAUGUAGUGUAUCUAUGAUGCGAGCAUUUUUCGGAGGAGUCGAUGGUGUUAAACAUAAAAAUGAUAAUUUUACCUUCGUGAUGUACUAUGGAAAUCAUUUCGCACGUUUCAAACUACUCAAGUCCAGGUCGAAGCGAAAGCAACUGGCGGUGCUCCACAGUUCGCGCGCGUACCGCCACGGAGGCUGUCGCAAGAGGAAUUGUUCGAGCGCGCUGUAAAGUCGAAGCGCGAGGCGGCACAACGACGGGCACAGGUCGCAACGGACUAUGAGGUGCCGAAUUCUUUGAUGGGCUCGACUCUUUUCCCCGAAAGCAGCGAGUAUGGCGGAGAGGACAACUACUCGUUUUUGGAAGACCGGGACGAACUUGGCGGCACCCUGGGCGGAUCCAUCGCGUCCAGCAAAGAGCCCGCUGUUCUGAACGUGAGAGCGGUAACACGAAACGCUCCUCCUGGGGCGUCCAGUCCCCAGCGUCCGGGGUCCUCGGCCGUGUGGGCAGCGCUGCGACAAGCUCAGCGACCGGGCCAGAACUCCAGCAUCCCCAAUGAAGAGAGACUAGGCUUCGGAAACGACAGUAAGCUAGAUUCCAAGGACUCUGCGUACGAUUCUCCGCAACGACCGCCAGUGGGAGGACGCAGUCCCUCAAGCUACAAUGCUCGACGAAUGAAUCUGUCAGCGGCAUCUCCAGUGCAGCAGACCACCAUGGCCAGCGCACUUUUGAACAAGACUUCCUCGAACCAGACUACUACAGCGAUGGCCAAGGCCAAAAGCGCAAGUCCAACCAGAGUUGGCGGAAUGAAAAUGGCCGGAAACGUCGCGUCUGCCGCGACUCGCAUGCUGAACAGCAAAACGACUGGAGGCGAGACCUCUUCGCCUAAUCCUCGCAUUCGGGUGUCGAGUUUGCCGAAGAAGCUGCCGGCGCCUUCCUCUGCGAGUCGCAAUAAUGCGAAGUCUCCAGGAACAACACAGGCUACAACGAGUAGACUGUCGGCGCGAGAGCGGGCUGCGGCGUACCACGCUUCGCGUGUCUCUCCCUCCCCAGCGACGACCGUGGAGGGCGAUGAUCAGGGCCUCAUGCUUUCGCAGCAAGAACAGCGCAGUGGCGCCAUCUACUCAAAAGACUCUGCCGUCGUGGACGUGGUCUCGCCCGGUGCACGGCCGCCCCGACGGGCCGCGUCGCCUUCGCCCAUCACUGCUGGCAGUGUGGCGGACUACCUGGAAAAGAUGGCAUCCAAGGCAGAUGGACCUCUCGACGGAUCAAUGCUGGGUGUGUCGAUGCAAUCCGCGCACGUUUCCUCGAUUUACGCUGACCCCUUAACGCCGCGAUCGAACCUCGAGCGUGGGGACACUCCAAGCACAUUACUUGCCUCAGGCGAACAGCAGGUGCCGGCACGAGAUCAUCAGAUGGGAAUCCUCGUGCGCAGUCCUCGCGCAAACAGUCGUAGUCCUGCGCGCAGCGUUCAGAUGGAUAUGAGUGGUCAGACGACACCGUCUACAAGAAUUAUUGCCGCUGGUGGCGUAGAGGAGACGCGCAGCAAUGCAAGCGCAGCCAGCUUGAUGCGAUCAGAACAGCAAGCUGCGAUGGGCCAAGAGGUCAAGCCGUAUUCUUUCUCUGCUGCAUUUGCUUCCACUACCGGCGCGGCUACCUCAACCGCUCUGAUGUCUUUAACUGGUGAAGAGACACAGGCAGCGGUUCCUGGUGGAGACACUGGCCGUACCGAAGUCGUGGCUGAAUUGCGAUCGUUGAACGAGCAGCUGAAGAUGUCGAUGCGCACCACCGGACGCGAAAUCCUAAAGACAUUGUCCUCUUCUGCGAAAAACUCUCAAACGAAUUCGCCUGAGCAACUCCCUUCGCAGCACACACCAAGCGCGCGCGAGGCUUCCCCACCGGGGAUGGAGGAAAAGGAACAACAGACCAACAGCGACACUUCUCUGUUGUUGAGCAGUCCGUCGCGUUCGCCAACCCUCGCUGACAAAAGCAGAAGCAUGGGGUCGUCUCCUAUUGUUCCGCUGCUGCCGACUGAUAUGGCUCGCGCGUCAUCCCCGUCGCAGGCGGCGGGCAAAGCGAAGCGCAAGUCCUCGUCGCCGCUGAAAGGUUCUGGAGCCUUGAUGGGAAGUCAAAACUCGGUCAACGAGCGCGACGCGGAGCUCCAUGGGGAAGCAACAGAACUGCUGGAUAAGUCCCGUCGUAUCUCUCGAGGAAUCUUGAACAUCAUCCAGUCGCGCCGUUCGGCAUCCGCAGAAAAUGCAAAGUCAUCGUCCGAAGACUCGUCUUCGGAGAAGGACAGCACCGGCGCUUCCGCUCGAGGAAAAAAGGUAGAAAUUAUAGAGAUUGACAUGCUAUUAAUGUUUGCGAAUCGAGAUUCGUCACUUUCAUAAUCAGCGUGAUUUUCUUGAUUGAUUCUACUCCUUUUUCGAUACUAUGGUGGAAGAUGUUUUGGAAACAACUCGAAGGUUCAAGUUCAUUCAUGUAGUACAGCCUGCUUUUCCCUGCAGUUCAUAGACAUGAUCGAGACGCAACAUCAUAUUAUCUUCAUGAUCAUAAGAGGGAGGGGGAGCGGCGCCGGCCUUCCGGGCAGCCGGCGCGCUAGCCACAACGUUAAGUAACGAUGUUCGGCGUGCCACGAAAUCUUAUGUAGAUAGAUAACGAAAAGAGAUCGUGGAACAGUGCAAAAUGAAGAUCAAGCUCCGGCUAGCAUGACCACGGCAACGGACGGCCCGUGGCGAAGAUCGCGCAGAAAACAACAAACCACGAGCGCGAUCCUACCACACACCGGUCGGCCUCGUGCAAUGAUGGGCCCGAUCUCGAUGCUAAGGCCCCCAAAUCAUAGCUAAGGCCUCUGCAAAAAUAGACAACGUGGAUAAGUCGUCUAUUGGUGCAGCAUCCCAAGUUAAGGCUGGUUUAAAGCUGUAGUCGUGACGUGCAAACGAGGCAACAGAUAGCUGCGCGCGGCGUAACACCAGGGGGAUUUAGUGCGCAGAUGCUCUGCUGUUAACUUAGCGUGAGUAUGAUAACUUAUUAUAUUUGAUACCACAAUGAUGACCCCCAAUUAUCCUCUGCUUUCGCGAGUGUAUGGCCUCGCACUCUGCAGAAAGGCUCUCCUGACGUUUAUUGCGGCAUUAUGGCCUCUCGUGCUGCCAGUGGAUCUGCGCGCGGUGUACGGGCCAUGGGAUGUAGCGGGGGCGAUGGUGUAUUCUGGCUCGUAAAGCACAAAGGAAAGAAUGUAAACGUGCUUUGUCGGUCACUGAGAGGGGCGGAAAGAUCCACACGGAAAUGGAUCCUGUUUAAUGGCGCCGACUUUACUCAGAUCACCAGCCUCGGCGCUCGUUGUCGACUUUACUCAGGUCACCACCAUCCUCGGAGUCGAGCAGGUCCCAGGGGUGCUCGGUGUACAGGAUUCACAACCUAACCUAACCAAGGGAGCCUAUUGGUAUUGGUCUCAACAUUGCCUAGUAUGCUCUUAUUUCAAAUUCUUUACACGACAGGCGUCGAAGCGUGGUAACAUCUCGCCAGACGGUGCGGCUUCUUCGGGUUCGCAAUUUUUCGGCUUUCGUUCUCAGUCCAGUCCGCCGAAAUCGGACAGAGGGGAGAACGAUCAGCGUGGAACCUCAGAUGCGCUUUCCUUGUCCCUUUCGCCGUCUGAGAUUGGCGGCAACACGACCACACGCACGAGCCGCGUGGGGCGCGAAGAGGACGCGGGCAGCAACGGGAACACGAUCGCCUCCAGCAUCCUGGCGGACGGGAUGGAUGUCACGGACGGGACGCCGACGGAGCACAAUACCUCUUCCGAGACGGAAUCCAACAACGAACAGCAGACCUCGCGUACGUCGCCGCUGGACAACGAUCGCCGCAUCAAGUACGGCAAACGCCGCAGUCUCAAACUCGAGAUGCGCAUGGAGUACGAGACCAAGCAUGCCGCAAACAAGUUGGAGUUCAUCCGUCAGAUUGAAGCGAAGGAAGCAGAAAUUCGACGCCUGAAACAAGUCGAGGAGCAACUGCGAACCCGCAAGGAAGAGGAGGACGAGGAAGCCAAAUCUACCCUCGAGGCCAAGAAAGCGGAACUCGAGGCUCUGGAGCUCGAAAUGAAGCGCCGAAACACUGCCGAGGAAGAAAAGUAUUCUUUAGUAAAAAUGAUUGAAAAGCACAUAAUAGAGGGUUUCGGGUUGCUCGAGUUGCAACGGGUUGCUCGGGUUGCCGAAGCGCAGGGGUUCCAAAUCUGGAACGGGUUGCCACGGGUUGCCAGGAGAAUCCUGACCCAGCAAAAUGGGGCGAAGCCGGGCGGUAUGGGGGGGCAUUUGUACGCUCGAAGUUAGGAAAUGGAGAAGCGCGCAGAUUCUUACCUUUGCUCUUGAAAGGGGCAGCCACGUGCGAAGGGCUCUGCAGGCUUUCGGGCUCUUCUUUUGUAGCGUGCGGGCGCGUGUUUGAAGCGAAAACAAUGAGCGCAGGCCCCUGCUCUCUGUUGUUUUUUUUGGGGUGAGUGGCGCUGUGGUGUGUCGUCUUCGAGUCGUUGGCGAUCUCUCCCUUUUUUCUUCGGGUGCGAGCGUGGCCAAUCUACUUGGGGGCUGAGAGCGAGUUUUCGCCUGCUUGCUUCAGCGGGCGAGGCGUCCAGUCUUGGGUAUAGCAGUAAGCAUACUGGAGGGGGUUGCUGAAUUGAAAUGGAUUGGCGCGCUAUCUAUUUAUAUACGAGCGCGCCGCCAUCAGUAUGCAACUACGGCGCGGCGCGUGGUCGUGUCGUGCGCUCCUGUUAAGGUCUCUCGUAGGGUCAUAAAUCUGCGCCCAAAGGGCGCCGCGCAAAAAAUUUGGGUUGGCAACUCGAGCAACCCAAGCAACCCGACCCGAUAUGGGUCAAAAAAAACCUAACUCUAACAUAAGCACAACUUCUAUCUCUAUGGAUGUGCAUCUUCAUUCAGAUUACGAGACCGUUCUGAUUCUAGAACAUGAAAACCUAGGGAUUUUUGCAGCGCUCACGCUCAGACGACUGAAAUUCUCACGACACAACAACCACUACGUACUUCCUACUUUGAGUAAUUUCUAUCUCACCACGGCUUCCAUACAGGGUGCGCCAACUUGCCAAAGAGGUCGAAGCGGCCGAGGAGCAGCGCCGUGAGCAGGACGCCGCCUACGUGAAGGAGAUGGAAGCAGCUGCUGCCAAAGAGCGCGCUCUGGUUGAGAAGCAAAUGGAGUCUGAGCGCAAGGCCUACGAAUUGUCCCUGCAGCAGGAGAUGGCUGCCGAAUUGGAGCGGCAAAAGGCGGAGAUUGAAAAAGCUGCAACGGAAAAGCUGGAAGCUGCCGCUGCCGAGCGUGCACGCGCGGAGGCCAAGGCCCAGCGACGUGACGAGGAAGCGCGUCAAUGGGAGCUUGCGGCGAAGCGCGAAGAAGAGGCUCGACGCAACGAAGCAGCGCGCCGUGUGGAGGAAGCGCGCAAGAUGGAAAAAGAAACGCAACGACUUCUGGAGGAAAAGCAACGCAUCGCAGAGGAAGCUCAGCGCGAAGUUGAGGCGGCAAAGCGCCGCGAGGAACAAGUGCGCAUGCAGGAAUCGGCGACCCGCGAGGAGUUGCAGUCGCGUCACGCACGUGCAGCUUCUGAGGCCGCAGAACAGCAACGCCUUCUGGAGGAGGAACGCGAGGCCGAGCGCGCCGAAGAGGAGCUGCGGAAGCGUCAGGAGGCAGCUGAGCGAACGGCCGAGCUGAAGCGACAGCAGGACGACCUGCGCCGUGAAGCCGAGGAAAAGCUUCGCCAACAACUGGAAGAAACCCGCGUGCAGCAAGAACGCGAGGUCGAGAAACUGCGUGAACAAGAGGCUAAGCGCCUGCGGGAAGAAGAGGCCGCUUUGCGCGAAAAGCAGGCGGAGCUGCAGCGCGAGGCAGAGAAGCUGGCCGCGGAAAAGCGCGCGCUGAGCGAGAAGAGCGCCGAGCAUGAGAAACAGCAACAAGAACUGCUGGCCCGCAAGCGCAUCGAGCUCGCCUCACUCGCGCAGCAAAAGCAGGCGCAGAAGGCCGAAGCCGAGCGGGCGGGACAGGCGUUGCGUGAGCAGCACAAUGUCGAGAGCGACCGCAAAGCCGCGGAGCUCGAGGAGCGACUUGCCUCUGAAAAGGCAGCUCUCGAGGCCGAACUGCGUCGUAAGUUUGAAGAAGAUCUUGCCGCGCAGUCCAAGAUUCUACAGGAGAAGAUGGAGAGCGAAUUGGAGCGCGAAGUGCGAGAGCGUAAAGAGUCCAAGGAGCGGAGUGUAAAGGCACUUGAAUCGGAGCGCGAACGCCUCAGCGCAGAGGCGGCGGAGGCCCGCGAACAGGCUGCCCGGCUCCAAGAAGAGGCUGCUCGUGUAAAGCGGGAAGCGGACGCUGCACGCGCAAAGGACGAAGAAACCUUCUCGCGUGUCGAGAAUGAAGUCGCCGCACUUGAAGAGGCUCAUGCGGAGGAGCGUGCACAGUUGCUUGCCGAGAUGGAGGCAGAAAAGCAGAGACUGAUUGCUCUGGAGGAAGAAGCAGCGCGCCUGCGACAAGAAUCGACAGCCGCUCGCGAACAGGCACUGGUUGAAAAGGAUCACCACCGCAAGAUCGCCGCGGAAACGGUUUCGCGUGCUGAGAGCGAACUGACAGCGCUCGAGCGUGCACACGCUGAGGAACGUGCUCAGCUUCAGGCUGAAAUGGAAGCGGAAAAGCAGCAAUUGAUUGCUGCCGAAAAGGAGGCUGCCGCUGAACUCGCGCGCGUGCUACAACGCGAAGGGGAAGAGCGCUUGGCCGAGGAGCGUCGGGCAAGUGCACUGCGCGCUGCGGCGGCGGAGACUGCCGAGCGAGAAGCCGCUGAGCGCGCUGAGAAGGAGCGCCAACAGCGCGAGGCGGCGGAACAGGCUCGCGAGGAGCACGCUCGAUGGGCCCGAGAAGCACAAGAGGCGGAGCGUGCCAAGCGCGAGGAGGCCGCGCGUCAGCUCGAAGAAGUCGAGCGCAAGCGUUUGGAGGCGAUCGCUGAAGCGGAACAGCUGCGCGAAGAGGAGGAGAAACGCCAAGCUGCUGCGCACGCGAAGCACAUGUCUGAAUUGGUUCGCAUGCGCCGCGAACAGGAGGAAGCGCUUGCGGAAUUGAAGCGUCAGCAGGACGAAGCGGUGGCACGAGCUCGCCAGGAAGCGGGCGAAGCGGCCCGCCGUGCAGCUGAGGCAGCGCUGCGUGACGAGAAGGAACGCAUGGAACAGGUUUUUCGCGAGGAAUUAGGCGCAAAGGAGGCGGCGCUGCAGGCCGAGAAAGCGCGCGUUGAAGCAGAACGUGCGGCCCUGGCAUCCAAGGAAAUGGAGUUCGCAGGAAUGAUCGCCAGCCGUGAGAACACCAUGACCAGUUCAAAGGCUUCCCGGCUGAGCUCGAACAAAACAGCAGACUUCGGAGUCCACGAGGUUUGCAGUAAAAAUGCGGUAGAUGCGACGCAAAAACAAGGUGCGCCGAUUCAAGGGGCAACCUCUACAACCACCACGUCGAACGCAACUGUUGCUAUGUUCGCGGGAGCGCAAGCUUUUCCUAACGGUACCAGCUUCUCCGAGGACACUUUGUCAGACACUGAUAAGUCGUCCACGGUCAGCGACUACGUUGGACGCCGUUUGAGCGCGCGCUAUGAGGACGCUGACGCACUUCUUAUGUCUCGCAGCGAAGGAGCCUCAAAAAAAACCUCCAAAGAUUCCAAUCCUCCUGCUCCCGAGAACAGUUAUUCGGGUCCUCAUUUGAAGACCGUUGUGAUUUUUGAACGUUCCGCGUCGCUGACCGCGUCGUCCGUAGACGCAGACGGGUAUCGUACUGACAACAUCAGCAAGCGCUGCGUCAACCGACGGGAGCUCGUGGAGCAACUCAUCACCGAAAACGCCGCUCAUUCGAACUCUUGGUCCGAAACGUCAACGAGUCCUGCUGACGACAAGCAGUUGUUGACGGGAACCUUGGUUACCCUCUCGGGUUCUGCUGGUGCGGUCGGACAGCUGACGUCAUCCGGAGCGGAUAGCGCAGUUACAACGUUGUCUGGGGGGGCGAAGCAGGAUGGUCUCAUCUUUUCGACUUCGGCGUCGUCGGCUCCGGGUGGAGCCUCAGGCAUUAGCUACAGUCAGGGAUGCACAACGGAACAAAACGAGGCCUCGUCCGAAGGACAGGCUCAAACUACGCCGGAAAAAGAUGAGGAAGAUGUAGCGGAAGAGCAGACUGGUGGUGAGGAACACGGUCUUCUGGUGGAUAUCGACGAAGAGGAGAUGGCGAAGAACAAGGGCACCAGCUGCACUCCAUGUGUCGAACAAGAUGAAGAUGAUCUCCAGGCCGCGAAGAGCAUCACGUUGAACGGCACGCCACGAGCUUUGUCUACCGCUACCACUCCACGAAAUCGUGCUGAGCCGGAAGGCGAGCCGGAUCAGGCGCUUGGUUACGCGUCUCCGUUUGCGCGGGGGCCGCGUGGAGUGAUGACUUUUACUCUCCAUCAAAACGGCCGUGAUGUCGACUCGGCCACGGGAAUGUCUGCCACUGCAAGCGGAAGCAACUCCGUUUCAGGAACCGACUUCGAGUCUUCCGAUGAUCAACGCAUUAUUCCAAUCCCGGAAGAUCAAGGAACACCUUCCGUAGAGACUGUCACCACGCGGCAGGAAGACGGGGUUGAUGAAGGUCGCGAGCCGACCACCUUGUACGGCCAAUACCUUGCGGCCCACGUUGAAGAGGCCCGCGUCCGCAUUCCUGCCGUGGCCACCAGCCUGUGGAACACUCUGAAGAAAACCGCGCGACUGGAAGGCGAAGGUGAGGCCAUCGAAGAAGUUGGCGAGUCUGACGUCGAGGACAGCGCAUAUGAAGGCGAUAUGCUCGAAAAAGGUCUCUCUAAAAAAUCUGGAAGCAGCUAUGGCGCCACAUCGGCCUCUGCGAAAAGCAGCAAAGAGGUGGAACGUUCUUCUUCCUCCAACGCUAGGCUUUCGUGGUUCUCAAGUGCGCUUCAGAUUGCCGAUAACCGUCGGCGCUUUACGGUUUUGCAGUGGUGCUUCAUCGUGGUUGCGAUUCUUACUGUACUCAGCCUCACGGUGGUCAUGCCGGUUGCACUCUGUAUAGGAUGUAACAGAGCUUCGAUUGCCGCUGCGCAACACCGCCAUGCUCUAGAACACGAAAUCGCUCUCCGCGAAGCACAAGAAAUCGCUGCUCUUACAGGAGCAGGAGCAUCAACAACACUAGAAAUUCGCAAUGCCAUUUCAUCUUCGGGCGUGCCAGCGGAGGUGCACGCCACCGACGAAGCUGAAUCUGAUGUUGCUAUCUGAACUAACAUGAAGAGAAGAACAUGUUCAAGGGGAGCAUAGUGGUCUCGUUCGACUAUUGACGGUGUAGGUGGAUACCGGUUUCUUAAGUGAUCUGCUCGGUGACUCUGACUUAUGAUGCAGCUCUACCUCUUUAGAUUUGAUAUGCGUGACGGUGACCAACCAUGUAAAUUUUUCUUUUAUGUUGUAAGUUCUUUAAUAUUGCAAUCGUGGUCUUCGUGGCUCAUAGAAAUAAAAGAGCGCAGGAGUACAGCCUUACUGCUGGAGGUGGAUUAAAGGCAGCACCUUGUAUAUUCAUGAUAGAAAAAUAGAACACGACAAGAAAGGAGAACAAGAUACGCGGACGAGGUUCACAAUCAAAUUUAUUUUUUGGUUCCAAUUGAUAUUCAAGAAGAGCAACAGAUUAGUCAUUAAGGAUACACAGCUGCUAGAAUUACAUACUCAUCUUGAUUCACAAUUAUCAUCGAAUCCUUAACAAUAAGCAUGAACAUUUUUAUCUAUAUCAAAUAUCACAUAUUUAUUCCAUCGAGGUCAUCAAUGUGUUAUUAUUCAGCAUAAUGAAAUAAAUGAAAAAUAGAGUAAGAAUAAAAACAGAAUUCAUAUCGGAAACACAAAUCACGCGAUCUAUAAUAUUCUCCAUACUUAUACAGUCUUCUGCAGAGGUAAAGAAAGAGGGAGGGCGAAGGUGACGCCAUUUAUAAUGAAAAACGUAGAGUUAUGAUAUUAAGAAAUGCGUAGUUUGAUCGCGACGAUCACGCUCUCACGUCGUCUUCGUCAUGGUCGCACACAUAUUUCUCAAACAGAAAUAAUACAAAACUGUACUAGACUAAUCUGGGGAAUUACCUAAUAUAUGGGAAAAUAAGGGAAGAGCGGUAUCGGUAUAGCGCUGCUCGCACGCCAAAUGAUAUUUUUUAUUGAACAACAAAGACGACGCAGGCCCAAGCAGGCACAGAGAGAUGGAGUGUCUGAGUCUGAGUACCGCGUAUUGUAUUUCAACAUUUUGGAAUAAUUACAAGGACUGGAAUCGAAAGCUACACACAAAGGAACAUGUCGACGUCCAUUUACUAAGGGGGAAGUGAUGAAUCAAAAUGGCGUCAGCACGACAAACGAAUUGAUUCGUCCUAGGUUGCUACAAGUACUAUAACAUGAUAUAAUUGUUGAUGUUUGGUGAAGAUGAUGAUAAAAAAAUUUACGGAGGAGGAGUUUUAAACAU